ACAGCUCCUUGCUCGAGCCCGCCAGGUCUUAGUGUGGAGGAGGCCGCGGAGUCCCGGCGCCAGGUCCCUCUCCCCGCGCGCCAUGAGUCCCGCGCGGCGGAGCGCCCCCACAGUGCUGCGCCUCCUUGGCUGGCUGCCCGUGCUGCUGCUGCUGUGUCCGCCGGCUGCGCGGGGUGACUGCAGCCAUCCCCCAGAUGUGCCUAAUGCCCAACCAACUUUGGGAGAGCUUACAAGUUUUCCUAAACAAACCACAGUGACAUACAAAUGUGAUGAAGGCUUUGUAAAAGUUCCUGGCAAGCCAGACUCAGUGGUCUGUCUUGAGAACGAUAAAUGGUCAGAGGUUGCAGAAUUUUGUAAUCGUAGCUGUGAUGUUCCACCCAGGCUGCCUUUUGCAUCUCUCCAAAACCCUUAUCGCAACCAGAAUUAUUUCCCAGCGGGUUCCACUGUGGAAUAUGAGUGCCGAAUGGGCUACAGAAGGGACCGUUCUCUAUCAGGAACACUAACUUGCCUUCAGAAUUUUACGUGGUCCAAACCAGAUGAAUUUUGCAAAAAAAAAGCAUGUCCCACUCCUGGAGAAAUACCAAAUGGUCAUGUCAAAAUACAAACAGACAUAUUAUUUGGUGCAGCUAUCUCUUUCUCAUGUAACACAGGGUACACGUUAGUUGGUUCAUCUUUUAGUUACUGUUCUCUUGAAGGUGAGAAUGUUAAGUGGACUGAUCCAUUGCCAGAAUGCAAAGAAAUUGCAUGUCCAAGCCCACCAGCAAUUGCCAAUGGAAUUAUUCUAGAGCAACAUGACACUUACAUAUAUAGACAGUCUAUAACAUAUAAAUGUGAGAAAGGAUUCACCCUGGUCGGAGGCAACUCUAUUCAUUGCACUGUAAAAGAUGGCCAAGGGGAAUGGAGUGGCCCGCCACCUGAAUGCAAAGAUAGUUCUCAGAUUUCCAAGGUCACACCAGCGGUUCAGAAACCCACCACUGUAGAUGUUACAGCUACUGAAGCCCCAUCAACUCCUCAGAAAACCAGUGCUGUAAAUGUUACAGGUACUGAAGCCCCAUCUCCUCCUCAGAAAACCAGUGCUGUAAAUGUUACAGGUACUGAAGCCCCAUCAACUCCUCAGAAAACCAGUGCUGUAAAUGUUCCAACUACAGAAGCCCCAUCAACUCCUCAGAAACCCACCAUAGUAAAUUCUUCAGCUACAAAGUUCCCACUGAUUCCUCAGAGACCCUCCAUUGUAGAUAUCCCAGCUACAGAAGCCCCAUCAACUCCUCAGAAACCCACUACAAUAAAUUCUUCAGCUACAAAGUCCUCACUAAUUCCUCAGAGACCCUCCAUUGUAGAUAUCCCAGCUACAGAAGCCCCAUCAACUCCUCAGAAACCCACCACAAUACAUUCUUCAGCUACAAAGUUCCCGCUAAUUCCUCAGAGACCCACCAUUGUAGAUAUCCCAGCUACAGAAGCCCCAUCAACUCCUCAGAAACCCACCACAAUACAUUCUUCAGCUACAAAGUUCCCGCUAAUUCCUCAGAGACCCACCAUUGUAGAUAUUCCAGCUGCAGAAGCCCCAUCAACUCCUCAGAAACCCACCACAAUACAUUCUUCAGCUACAAAGUUCCCACUGAUUCCUCAGAGACCCACCAUUGUAGAUAUUCCAGCUACAGAAGCCCCAUCAACUCCUCAGAAACCCACCACAAUACAUUCUUCAGCUACAAAGUUCCCGCUAAUUCCUCAGAGACCCACCAUUGUAGAUAUUCCAGCUGCAGAAGCCCCAUCAACUCCUCAGAAACCCACCACAAUACAUUCUUCAGCUAUGAAGUUCCCACUGAUUCCUCAGAGACCCACCAUUGUAGAUAUUCCAGCUACAGAAGCCCCAUCAACUCCUCAGAAACCCACCACAAUACAUUCUUCAGCUACAAAGUUCCCGCUAAUUCCUCAGAGACCCACCAUUGUAGAUAUUCCAGCUGCAGAAGCCCCAUCAACUCCUCAGAAACCCACCACAAUACAUUCUUCAGCUAUGAAGUUCCCACUGAUUCCUCAGAGACCCACCAUUGUAGAUAUUCCAGCUACAGAAGCCCCAUCAACUCCUCAGAAACCCACCACAAUACAUUCUUCAGCUACAAAGUUCCCGCUAAUUCCUCAGAGACCCACCAUUGUAGAUAUUCCAGCUACAGAAGCCCCAUCAACUCCUCAGAAACCCACCACAAUACAUUCUUCAGCUACAAAGUUCCCACUAAUUCCUCAGAAACCCUCCAAUGUAAAUAUCCCAGCUACAGAAACCCCAUCAACUCCUCAGAAACCCACUGCAGCAAAUGUUUCAGCCACAACAGCCGAAAAAUCGCCAAUAUCAAACUCUCUAUCUGCCGAGACCCCACCAGCAGCCCAGAAUCCCAUCGUGGCAAAUGCUUCUGCUACACAGUUCACCCCAGUAACCCAAAGACUCAACACAGCAAAAGCUUCUUUUACACAGAGUCUUCCAGGAACACGAAAGUCCACUGCUGUACAUGCCCCAGUGACUAAGCAUGUCCAUACAAAACAAAGAUUGACCUCUGCUGCUCAUAUUACAGCGACACAGAAUCUAGCUGUUCCCAGUACAACCACGCGUUUUCAUACAACAAGCACGUCAAAAGGUGCUGUCAUCAUUGCAUCUGGUAAGUUUGGCUCUCCAGCAGUUAAAAGAAAUUGUCAUCCCUGUGGGAUGUACAAUCCAGAUUCGUGGAAGAGAAUAUUGUCGUUUAACUGUCUUAGAAAUACUAUUAAAAUGCGUUGUUUACGGGUGCCCAAAAGAAAACAGGUAAAUGCAUUUUAUCGGCAUGUUUUGUGGACACCACUGGGUACCCGGUAUGUUCCUAAGUAUUCUCAACCAUGUUCUUGUUCCAAGGUAGUUUCAGGACAACUUCGAAUCAUUAGGCCAAUCAAUCAAGUAUUAUUGAGUGCCUAUUGUCUCAAUGCAUCUUUCUAGGAGCUGAAGAACACACAGAGGCAGUUAUCAAUACAGUUUCUAUCCUCAAGUAUUUUGUGAUUAAUCAUAAACUUCUCCUUGGCUGUUUCUAGAUUUGUCCUAUCCCAAAUGAAGAGUGCUACUUUUGAUUAAAUCCUCUUCCUUCUCCCUUCUCAUUCAGUGAUUUAAAGCAAAGUUAUCUUCAGAAAGUAUUCUGUUGCUAUAAAUAUGAGGCCAAAAACAUAUAUCUGUGUUGAAAUUUCUUCUAGCGUUUGGUCUGGUCCUUUUUUUGUCCAUAAAUAUGUUAUUUGAUGUUAUGCAUUAGCAAGAAGAUUAAUAAACUAAAGAUGGUGAGAGAAAUAUUUGCUAAGAAGCAAUACAACUAAAUUGGCAUUUGAUAAGUAAUGUCCAAUAGAAAAUACACUCAUUAUAAGAGUGCAUAUGUUAAAAUUAUAUCUUUAUAAGCUGAAGUCUCCUAUUUUAUGUAUGCAUAAAUUAGCCAAGGGACAAUAACGCAGAAAGCAGGUAUUUUUAUUAUUAUCAUUAUUUAUUGUAGUUCUUUUAUAUUGUGAAUGAACCUCUCCUAAGCAAGAAGAUUUAUCUUUAAAGAUUCCAAGAGUUGGAAUUCACUUUGUUCAUUCUAUAUUGUAAAUAGAAAUAAAUGUAUUCCAAAUGAAAA